UCGCAGCAGUUGAGUCGACUGGAUCGCAAUCGGCUCCACAGUCUUCUUCGAACUUCUUACUUAUUACAGUGCCGAACUCUGUUAGUCCGAAUUCACUUUGAACAAGUUCACGGUACCGUUUCAGAAGAAUCGAUUCAGGUAAAGGAGGAAUCGGCCGAAACGCGUGUGUCUACACACAACAUUUCACGAAAGAAAGUAAAAGAAUAAUCGACCAAACGAAAACGGAAGAAAAAAGUUCACGUGCGAUUUCCAUCACCAAUAUACCACACAGAAAGACAGAUUGAAAGUAUGAACGGAGCUGAGCCUUGGUCCUACCCUCCGAAACAAGCUUUGUACGACCCAUCCCUCGAGAAAGAUGCUUGCGGUGUUGGAUUCAUCGUGGCUAUAGAUGGAAAGAAAUCGCACAAGAUCGUCCGCGAUGCGGAGAUUCUAUCAGCGCGCAUGAACCAUCGCGGUGCGUGUGCCUGCGAUAACGACACCGGAGACGGUGCCGGUGUACUUUGCGCAAUUCCGCACGAGUAUUACGCCGAUGAAGUUCGUGAAAAGGAAAAUGUCGAGUUACCCCCGUUCGGCCGUUAUGCCACUGGUAUACUGUUUCUGGACAAAAAUACCCACGAAGAAACGGAGGCAGCUUUUGAAAAGUUAACCGAAGAAUGCGGUUUAAGGGUAAUUUCUUGGCGUGACGUUCCAACCGAUAACUCACGGAUUGGUCAAGUGGCCCGAAAAUGCGAGCCGUAUAUGCGCCAAGUUUUUGUUACCGGUGAUCAGGAUGAUAGUACCCUGGAACGUCAGGUUUUCAUUCUGAGAAAAAGAUCCUCUCAUUCCAUACCACGACCGGGAAUUAGAUAUUACAUAUGCUCACUCUCUAUACGAACGAUUGUAUACAAAGGCCAACUGACGGCCGAUCAACUGUGGCUUUAUUUUUUGGAUUUGAUGUCCCCGAAAUUCGAGACGUAUUUAGCAUUGGUUCACACAAGGUUCUCCACGAACACGUUUCCUAGUUGGGAAAGGGCCCAUCCUCUUCGAUUGUUGGCGCACAACGGUGAAAUCAACACGUUAAGGGGAAACGUAAACUUCAUGAAGGCCCGAGAAGGAGUGAUGAGUAGUAAGUUGUACGGUGAGCAAUUGAAACAGCUGUAUCCUGUGGUGGAACCGAAUUUGUCGGAUUCCGGAGCUGCUGAUUGCGUUCUGGAAUUCCUGGUGAUGGUUGGGCAACGAUCGUUGCCGGAGGCUGUGAUGACAAUGGUCCCGGAAGCUUGGCAGAACGAUCUGACGAUGGCGACCGAGAAACGGGACUUUUAUCAUUGGGCUGCUUGCGCGAUGGAACCUUGGGAUGGACCUGCCCUCUUGACCUUCACCGACGGACGUUACGUCGGAGCUAUUCUCGACAGAAACGGCCUGCGCCCGUCGCGCUUCUACGUCACUAAGGAUAACAUGAUGGUGAUGGCGUCCGAAGUGGGCGUCUAUGAUACUCCGCCCAGCAAUGUAAUCCUGAAGAGCCGCUUGAAGCCCGGCCGUAUGCUGUUGGUAGACACGCACGAGAAAAGGAUCAUACAAGACGUCGAACUGAAGCUGCAUAUCGCUAGAAACAGACCCCAUUCGAAGUGGCUAAAAGAGCAGAUGAUCACAAUGGAGGAAUUACGGGCGGCUGACGUGGUCGAUGCGAACCUCGCAAAAGAAAAAGCGGCAUUGGAGCAAUCGAUCGGAAUAAACAACGCCACGAACGACGCGAAUCCGAUAUCCGCUGUGAAUCGUGUGUGGGGAGGCGACAAGAGGCUCUCCCUGUAUGGAUAUACGCUAGAAACAAUUAACAUGCUACUGCUACCGAUGAUGCAAUCCAAGAAAGAAGCAUUGGGCUCGAUGGGUAAUGAUGCGCCGCUCGCUUGUCUUUCGCAGUUUCAACCGCUCAUUUACGAGUAUUUCAAGCAACUGUUCGCCCAGGUUACGAAUCCUCCCAUCGAUCCGUUCCGAGAGAAAAUCGUUAUGUCCAUGCUCUGUCCGAUCGGCCCCGAGAGCAACAUCUUGGAACCGAACGAACGGCAAGUUCACAGGUUAUUUUUGCCGCAACCGAUACUGUCUUUGGCAGACUUAGAGGUAAUCAAGCGAACCAAGUUUCGCGGAUGGAAAAGCCGAACGAUCGACACCACAUACCCCGUGGAAGACGGCCCGUACGCCUUGCUCGGCACUUUGGACCGUAUCAGCCGGGAAGCAGAUCUGGCCGCGAAAGAAGGCUAUCAGUUUCUCAUUCUGUCCGAUCGACAGGGAGGGCCGGACAGAGUGCCUGUGAGCAGCCUUCUGGCUCUAGGUGCGGUGCAUCACCAUUUAAUCGAAGAACGACAGCGCAUGAAGGUUGGCCUGAUCCUCGAGACCGGCGAGGCGAGGGAAGUGCACCACGUUUGUUUGCUGCUCGGUUACGGAGCGGACGCGAUCUGUCCAUACGUUGUAUUCGAAAUGGCGAGAAAUCUUCGAGCGGACGGUGUACUUGACUCGUCGUUAACCGACAAUGCUUUAAGCGCGAACUACGCGGAAGCGAUGGAGAGAGGCAUAGCGAAGGUAAUGGCCAAAAUGGGAAUCUCCACGUUACAGUCGUACAAAGGAGCUCAAAUCUUCGAAGCUGUCGGUCUGUCCGACGAGGUGAUAGAGAAAUGUUUCAAGGGUACACAGUCUCGGAUCGGUGGGGUCACCUUCGAUAUUUUGGCGAAAGAAGCGUUCGAGAGGCAUCAGAUUACAUAUUGCAAAAAUCCAAUGGAUCUGCUUGUCAUUCGAAAUCCAGGAAUUUAUCAUUGGCGAUCCGGUGGAGAGAAACACAUAAAUGACCCGGACAGCAUCGCCAAUUUACAGGAUUAUGUCAGUUCGAAGAAUCAGAAUGCUUAUGGAAAAUACAAAAGCACGACAAUGGAAAUGGUGAGGGCUUGCACGCUGCGUGGUCAGUUGGAAUUCGUGGAAACGCCGGAAAACGUUAUACCCAUUGAACAAGUUGAACCCGCGUCCGAAAUCGUGAAGCGAUUCGCAACCGGUGCAAUGAGCUUUGGUAGUAUCUCAAUAGAGGCGCAUACAACACUGGCGAUCGCGAUGAAUCGUAUCGGUGGCAAAUCGAAUACCGGCGAAGGGGGCGAGAACGCCGACAGAUACCUCGAUCAAGAUCCAAAAUUCAAUAAACGAUCAGCCAUUAAGCAAGUCGCCAGCGGUCGUUUCGGUGUAACCUCGAGCUAUUUAGCGAACGCCGACGAUCUCCAAAUUAAAAUGGCGCAAGGAGCGAAGCCGGGAGAAGGUGGUGAACUGCCUGGCUACAAGGUGACCGCUGAAAUAGCUGCAACCAGACACUCGGUGCCCGGCGUGGGACUAAUCUCGCCACCGCCUCAUCACGAUAUCUAUUCAAUCGAGGAUCUGGCAGAACUAAUUUAUGAUUUGAAGUGCGCCAAUCCUAAGGCUCGUAUUUCCGUCAAGCUGGUAUCCGAAGUAGGAGUGGGCGUUGUCGCAGCAGGCGUGGCAAAGGGAAAAGCUGAACAUAUCGUAAUAUCCGGUCACGAUGGUGGAACUGGUGCGAGCAGUUGGACAGGAAUAAAAUCCGCCGGUUUACCAUGGGAAUUAGGAGUCGCCGAAACCCAUCAGGUCUUAACCUUGAACAAUCUUCGCUCCCGAGUUGUCGUUCAAGCGGAUGGACAGUUGCGCACAGGAUUCGACAUCGUGGUGGCGGCUCUGUUGGGCGCGGACGAGUUUGGUUUCAGCACGGCGCCAUUGAUCUCCAUGGGUUGUACCAUGAUGAGGAAAUGUCAUCUGAACACAUGCCCCGUGGGUAUCGCGACGCAAGAUCCCGUGCUCCGAAAGAAAUUCGAGGGAAACCCGGAACAUGUUAUCAACUUUUUCUUUGCCUUGGCGGAAGAGGUACGCUCAUACAUGGCCAGCUUGGGAAUUCGUAAGUUUCAAGAUCUAAUUGGACGUACAGAUCUCUUGAGGGUUCGGAAAAAUCUCACAAUUGAGAAAGCUAAAACGCUAAAUCUCGACAAUAUUCUGCGCAGUGCGCUUGAACUCCGACCAGGAGUCAACAUUAAAGGCGGAUCCGUGAAGCAAGACUUUCAGCUGGAAAACAGACUGGACAAUCGUGUGAUCCACUUGGCGAGGGACGUGUUGAGUGGAAAACAGAGUCACGUCGAUAUCGAGUUGACCAUCAACAACGAAAGCCGGGCGUUCGCAUCAACUUUAAGCUAUCACAUUUCAAAGUUGUACGGUGAGGAUGGUCUUCCCAAGGGUAGUAUAAACAUAAAAAUGAAGGGUUCUGCGGGACAGAGUUUUUGCGCUUUCAUGACCAAAGGUGUCCACGUUACUCUAGAAGGGGACGCGAACGACUACGUUGGAAAGGGUCUUUGCGGGGGAGAAAUCAUCAUAUAUCCACCAAAGGAAUCGAGUUUUGCAUCCGGGGGAAAUGUAAUCGUUGGCAAUGUUUGCCUUUACGGUGCAACUUCCGGAAGAGCAUAUUUUCGGGGAAUCGCUGCCGAGAGGUUUAGUGUUCGGAACAGUGGAGCGACAGUUGUGGUAGAGGGUGUGGGUGAUCACGGAUGCGAAUAUAUGACCGGAGGGUGCGCGGUCAUACUGGGGCUUACCGGAAGAAAUUUCGCUGCCGGGAUGUCCGGAGGAAUAGCAUACGUACUGGAUGAGGAUGGAUCUUUCAGAAGUAAAUGCAAUCCAGAAAUGGUGGAGUUGGUUCCGUUGACUAAGCCAGAAGAUAUAAAUUACGUAAAAGGUCUUCUCGAAGAAUUUGUUGAAAAGACCGGUUCCCUGAUCGCGAAGGAUCUGUUAAUAAUGUGGCCCGAAACGACCGCGCGAUUUGUCAAGGUAUUUCCCUACGAGUAUCAACGUGCGUUGAAGCAACAACUUGAAGAAGAGAAAGAAACACAACCAAUUAUGAACGGAAAUUCUCAGGUGUCGAAAACCCAAGUGAAGGAUAUAGAGGAUGCCGUCGUGGAUGUUGACAUGGAGCAACGGAAAUUAGACAAAAUAAAGGGAUUUAUGAAGUAUAAGAGACACACGGGGAUGUAUCGACCCGUUGAAAGCCGAUUAGUCGACUGGGACGAAAUCUACAAUUUCCCAGGAGUUCGCAAAGGGCUACGAGUUCAAGCAGCGAGAUGCAUGGAAUGCGGGGUGCCAUUCUGUCAGAGUAGUCACGGUUGCCCAUUAGGAAACAUUAUUCCAAAAUGGAACGAUCUUAUUUUCCAGUCGAACUGGAAGGAAGCUUUGAAUCAGUUGCUACAGACCAAUAACUUUCCAGAAUUCACAGGCAGAGUUUGCCCCGCUCCGUGCGAAGGUGCCUGCGUUCUGGGGAUAUCGGAACCGCCCGUCACUAUAAAGAAUAUUGAGUGUGCGAUAAUUGAUCAUGCGUUCGAGCAAGGCUGGAUUGUACCACAUCCACCUAAAACGAGAUCCGGCCGACGAGUUGCCGUGGUUGGUUCUGGUCCGGCUGGCUUAGCCGCAGCCCAUCAGUUGAACAAGGCAGGCCAUCUGGUAACAGUGUUCGAGAGGAACGAUCGAAUAGGUGGUCUAUUGCAAUAUGGAAUACCAACUAUGAAGUUGUCGAAACAGGUAGUACAAAGAAGAGUGUCCCUUUUAGCCGCGGAGGGGAUCACCUUCAAAACAGGCAUCGAUGUUGGAAAGGAUAUUUCCGCCAAGGAAUUACGCGAACAGUAUGACGCGUUGUUGCUCUGCACCGGCGCGACGUGGCCAAGAGACUUACCGAUACCCGGUCGACAACUCGACGGUAUUCACUUCGCCGUGAGCUUCUUGGAGCACUGGCAGAAAAAACAAAUGGGAAACGAUGCACCGCUUGAUAUGCGUCUAAUGGCUAAAGAGAAAGACGUUAUCAUAAUAGGUGGCGGUGACACCGGUUGCGACUGUAUAGCCACGUCAUUGCGACAGGGUGCCAAAACGAUCACAACCUUUGAAAUUUUACCGGAACCACCGAGUAAGAGAGCGUCAGAUAAUCCGUGGCCCCAGUUUCCUCGUGUGUUCAAGGUAGAUUAUGGCCAUGAAGAGGUUUCACUCAAGUUCGGACGGGAUCCGCGUCAAUUCAGUACUUUAAGUAAAGAAUUCCUAGACGAUGGAAAUGGCCACGUGAGUGGUAUCAAGACAGUCUCAGUUUCGUGGACAAUGGAAAACGGCCGUUGGAAGAUGGAAGAGGUUGCUGGCACGGAAAAGGUAUAUAAAUGCGAUUUAGUGUUACUUGCAAUGGGAUUUUUGGGCCCUGAAAAGUACGUCGCGACGGAACUAGAAACGUCUAUGGACGAAAGGGGGAAUUAUAAAACACCGAUUGGUAAAUACGAAACAAAUUCCCCUGGAACGUACGCAGCUGGAGAUUGCCGACGUGGACAAUCGUUGGUUGUUUGGGCAAUCACAGAGGGCAGACAUGCUGCGAGGGAGAUAGAUCUGGCCUUGAUGGGGUCGACCGGGCUGCCCGUAGCUGGUGGCGUUAUAACCAGCGUUGUGGCCUGAACGGGCUACUGCUUGUCACACGGACGAUCAGAGUCUGUCAUCUUGUUUCUCUUUCCAUUCCUUCUUAACCCUCCGAAUAACGACCCUCUGCGAUUGCGAUGCGGGCGGGUACCGUUGAACGAGCAAGGGAGAAAAACGGUCUACGCGGGAACCAGUCGAGAUCAGUAUUAUCGUCGUAUGUUAUUCACGGAUGUUCGAACGCGACAUAUCAGAGAUGCUGCGGAUAUUAAUUGUAACGAUCAUUCCGUUGACCGGUCGUUUAUUAUCGAAAGAAAAAAAAAAGAAAUAUAUAUAUAUAUAUGUACCGACUGUUUGCCGCUACGUUCGCCGUGUAAUCGUAUGUAAUUAGCGUUCCAAUCUGUCGAGAGGAAAUACUCGUAGAUGUAUUACGAAAUCUACCUCGUAUCGUCGUUUACGUUGAAUUAUUUUCUUUCAUGAGGUAACAGAAAUUCCUCCAAGCUUAAUAAUAUGGCCUUUCGUCGAGCUAUGCGAUCGUACGAAGAGUAAUCGUUUUCAUCGAGACGAUCAAUUUCUGCGAAUCCACAUUCGAAAAAAGUUCAAACGUUGUACUUUGAGGCUGACAUCGAACUGCGUCACGCAAAACGCGAACGUUACCGUUUUCACGUGUCGCAUUAGAUCUUCUGAUUUUUUUGUAAUUUUUUGUAGUUUAGUACAUCGGUAGUGUACUGUAACGCGGUAUACGCGUACACUCACCCAGUUAAAACAAAUCUCUGUCCUAUGGUAUUUAUUUGUGAAAGCGCAAUCACGCGCCCGUCUAGAGAUUUUGUAACCGUGUACAAAUGCUUCAUGUACCAACGAAGUAACUAGAUCCGUUUCUUGCGCGCAUCAUUGUAAAGUAUACGCAACAGAAGAAACACAUUAUGACAAUAAAUUAAGUAAAUAAAUAAAGAAACGCUGCGAUCAGAAAAAAUUUCUCCAUAGAGACAUUCUCUAGGUCCUAGGUAGGUAAACACGGAACACUAACAAUCCGAGUGAAUUUGUCUAAAUAAUAGUUUUGUUUCGAAAGAGUUUGCUGAUAAUUUCAAAUGAAACGAACGAGACGCGCGAAAAAUGAUUCGUCCGAGUUUUGAAGUAAACGCUAUUACACGUUAUGUUCCUUCGGGAUUUCCACAAUCUAAAUGGAAAGAAUUUGUAUGGGAGGAGCAGAUCGAGCACCUGAUCACUUCGAUUUGCGACGAAAUAGUGAACAGAGCAGCGAGUGUGAUCCGUGAACAUAACCUACAAAGAACGUCGUUUAAAUUUACAAGUAGAUGCCUUCGUGUGCUUUGGCUGCGUAUAUUUGAUGCAAGUAUCGAUCUAACAAUAAAUGAAAUCACUAAACGCCGAAA